CUUCCCACGCGCGAGGAUCAGUAGCUUUUUUUUUCUUCGUUCCAUUGCCAAAAUGUGGUUCAGGCAAGGUCUUACUUCGCUCACGUGGGCCCUGCUGUCCGCGCUGCCUACCUGCCACGCCGAGCUGAAGCCCUUCGAGCUGACCCUGACGUGGGAGAAGCAUGCUCCCGAUGGCUUCGAGAAGAAGAUGAUCCUGACCAACGGCCAAUUCCCUGGGCCGCCGCUCGAGAUGAACUACGGGGACGACGUCGAAGUCACGGUGCACAACAAGAUGCCCUUCAACACCACGUUGCACUAUCACGGCAUCGAGAUGCUCCACACGCCCUGGUCGGACGGCGUGCCCGGCCUCUCCCAGCGGCAGAUACAGCCCGGCGCGAGCUUCGUCUACCGGUGGAAGGCCACGCAGGCCGGCUCGUACUGGUAUCACUCGCACCAUCAAGGCCAACUCAACGACGGCAUGUACGGCCCCAUCGUCAUCCACCCCGAGGCCAGCGCCGCCAGGCCCUUUGACAAGAUCUCUAAGGAUCCGGCGGUGGUCCGCGCCAUGAAGCAGGCCGAGGCCGACGUCAAGCCCCUCAUGCUCUCGGACCACCGGCACGUCACGUCGGAACAGGGGUGGGAAAUCAACGUCAAGUCCGGCCUUGAGACGCCCUGCUACGAUUCAAUCCUGAUCAACGGCAAGGGGCGGGUCGACUGCUGGGCGCCCGAGAAGAUCGCCUCGCUGCUAACAGCCGAGCAGCGUCUAUUUCUGCAGCUGGGCAACAAGACGGCCUUUACCGCCAAGGGGUGCCUGCCGGCCUCCGUCAUCGCCAACGUCCAAGCAAAUGGUAAGCAGACGAACCUGUCGGCUAUACCUCCCGACAUAUUUGACGAGUGCACCGCCACCAACGCUCCGCGCGAGGUCAUCAAGGUAAGCAAGGGGGACUACGCCAAUGAGACGUGGGUCGCCUUCGACCUCAUCGGCACCUUUGGCCUCAUCACGGGCGUCUUCUCCAUCGACGAGCACCCGAUGCACAUCUACGCCGUCGACGGCGACUAUAUUGAGCCGCAAGAGGUCGAGGCUGUCUCCAUCACUAAUGGCGACCGCUACUCCGUCAUGGUCAAGCUGGACAAGCCCGGUGACUUCACCAUGCGCAUGGCGUCCCUCACUAUGCCGCAGAUGUUCACCGGCUACGCGACACUAUCAUACCGCGAUCCCAAGCAGGCGACGCCGCCGAGCAAAUCGUCCGUCGGCUACAUUAACGAUAUUGGCGCCAACACGACGGCCAACGUCCGCUUCUUCGACCAGGCCAAGAUGAAGGCGUUCCCGCCUGCGCCCGUGGCGCGGGCCGCCGACCAGACGGUCAAGGUGUCGAUGCGCGUAGCCGGGCAGAGCUACAACUGGGCGCUUAACAACACCAUUUACCCCAUGGGUCUGGACAAUGAGACGCCGCUCCUCUUCCACCCGGACCCGGAGCGGCACAACAACGUGACCAUCACAACCAAGAACGACACCUGGGUUGACCUCGUCUUCCAGGCCGUCGUCUUCCCCAUGCCACCCCACCCGAUCCACAAACACGGCAACAAGAUGUACCUGCUCGGGCAAGGGGACGGCCUCUUCAAGUGGAGCAGCGUUGCCGAGGCAGCCAAGGAGAUCCCCCAGAGCUUCAACCUCGUCGACCCCCCGCGGCGCGACGGCUUCACCACCCCACCCGCCCUCCAGGGGCCCACCUGGAUGGUGGUGCGGUACCACGUCCACAACCCCGGCGCCUGGCUCGUGCACUGCCACGUCCAGAGCCAUCUCCAGGGCGGCAUGAGCAUGGCGAUCCAGGACGGCGUGGACCAAUGGCCGACGGUGCCGCCCGAGUACUGGAACUAUAAGUGA